AUGGAACAGCAACAGCAGCCAGAGCAACAGCAGCAACGCCCCCCGCCCCCCGCCUAUGCCCAACACGAACCAGACUCGUUCCAUUUGCCCUCUGUACCCACGCAUUUGCCGCACCAAGUCGACAGCAAUGGACGCCUCCCGGGCAUAAAGUCACUGCAUCUGCCAGAAACCACCACCACCACCACCACCACCACCCAGGCGCGCCAUUCCCCGCACAACUCGAUUGAGCUCAGUCCACAUUCGCGGCAUGAAGGCUCGCAAUGGGGCAUGUUACCCUCGCUGAAUAAUGCCACCCUCCCUCGACUGCAAGAGGCGGCGUCGAGAAGUGGCCCAGAGGACAUGGGCAGCCCCAUGGACACGGCGAGCGUACGCAGCACAUACACCCACGAGGACGGUUCACGGAGAGAGACAAGUGUGAGCAUGGACGAUCCGGAUGUGCGAUUGGCAGCAGAGGCGCUGAGUGGCUUGGGGAAUCCAGACUUUGUCCGCUCACCAACCGCGCAAUCAAUAGCACUCUCUGCACGCGAUCCAGCCACCGCCGAGCCCGAACCACUGCUCUCACUUAUCACAUCGAACCACCCAUGGCUGGGUCACGGCAUCAACGGCUCUAUAUCUGCCUACAACACGACCAAGGGUUACACCCCGCGCUUCGUCCAGUAUGGCGCCGAGCUGCUCGAGCGCAACAUCGGCUCACCCAUGGUCAACACCGUCUCCUCGGUCGGCCGAAGGACGGGCAUGGAGAAGAACCUGCGCCGCUAUCUAGGCGAAGGCCAUCGACGCCCCAGUGAUCUCGAACAAGGCGAUGAAGAGGGAGCACCAAGCAAGCGCCAACGAGUUGCCAACCCAACCACCGACGCCAUGGAUGUCGACGAUGCUCUCGCCGCUGCCUCGCGCACAAGAGGCGGCUCCCAAUCCUCUUGCACCGACUCCCUCCCCGCAUACGACGACCAGCGCUCCCCCAACUACGAAGAAGCCACAGUAUCCCCAUUGAGCAAAGCACCAGAGCAAUCCAACAACACACCACAAGAUCGCCGCGUAACCUGGUCCACCCAACUAAUCAUGACGACCUCUGGUCUCGGCGUGGCACUCUCCGAGGCCUCUCUACGCUCACUAAGACUGUGCCUAUCACUACUCCGCAGUGCGACAACACACAUUGACUCAGUCAUGCGUGCCCUCAAACUCCUCCUCGAAGAAUACGAAGCCGCACUGCGCAACCAACGUACCUCGGCCGACGCAAACGCACAGGACGAAAAGGCCCAAUUGAGCGGCAGCAUGGCCGGCCUCGGCCUCGCAGACUCGCAAAAAGACGACCAAGUCCGCAAGAUCGCUGACCGCAUCAAGGCCCUCAGCUCCGACAUCUGGAAAACGCUGCAGUCCGUCGUGUCCUCGGUCUCGCGCUACACGGGCGGUGCUCUGCCCGAAAACGCAUCCCGCGUCGUCCGAACGCAACUCAUGUCUGUGCCGCAGCGCUGGAAGCUUGCCGGCCGAACCGCGUUCUCAGACGCAGAGCGAGGCGAGGAGGUGAGGGGAGCGAAUCGCAUGUUGGCGUUUGCAAAGGAGGGGCUGGAUAUGAUGGGGCAGAUUACGACGGUGGUGGAUGGAACGGUGCAGAGUGCGGAGAAUUGGCUAGCUAGGAUUGGCAGGACGCCGACUUGGGCCGAGUCGGAGGGUGAGGGGAGAGUAGGUGCUGAGGGCGACAAGGAGAAAAGGUUUUCCGAAGCAUGA